AUGGACACCCCGACUACCAGCCCCCCUUCAGCCAUGAAAUCACCGAGCCGCAGGUCUUGGUUCAGCUUUUCUAGACACAAACCCAAUUCGAUCAAGGCAGAAGAGGCCUCACUCAUCGCUCCCGACCGCCAAACCCUCUUCUCCUCCCGUCGCCAAUCCACUUUCAGCGCCGCAAACGGCGAUGCUGGUGGCACCGAGCGACUUCGGCCUAUCCAGUUCUCGCCUAACCGAAUCGCUACCCUCUAUGUCACACCAUCUGAACGUAACCUCUAUCUCGCGGCAAUGUCGCAGCUCGACCAAGGGCCGCCUCCUUUACCUUUGUGGACGGAUCCAGCGCCUGCGCUACCGAGGGUCGAUCCCUCUCCUCCUCUUGAUCAUACCCCUCCAAACCCUCCGAGUGCGUGGCAGCAUCGUCCCAUGAGCCCAAAGCUGUUUCCGGGAGGUGUACCUCACCCUGGCAGCCCCGGCCUGCACAUCAGAGAAGAGUUUCGAAAUACUGCGCCUCCCAAGGCUGCGAAUCACGCAUUGGUCGCUCUCAUAGCUCCAGGUGGGAUGCGGUUCACCGGCUUUCCACCGGCAGCUUUGAUCGCAGUGGACCAUGCGAUCUCGGAAGAGUGGCCUUGGGGCGUCGUGAAGAGGAGUGAGGGUGCGUCAGAGCUUCAGGCAAGAGGAGAGAAGGACACUGUGGUAUGGAAUGUGACCUUGAAGGGAAAGGUCUGGAGAAGGAAGGGGAAUGAAGAGCUAGAUACCGUCCGGUUGAUCUUGUCCGUCUUUAGAGUUUUAGGGAGACAUGGCUGGACGCUGGUGGAAAGUAUUCAGGCUGGAAGUGCAAAGAAAGAUACCCAUAAUCUGCUCUUUUCGUAUGCCCCCCAGACAGUCAUCACCCCUCCUGCCUUUUUCGCCCUAUCCAUCCCUCUUCCCGAUCGCAUCUCGCUCAUCAACCCACCUCUCAAAUCCACGCCGUCCCUCAUCUCUGCCCUCCGACAAUCUAUUCUUUCCGCCUCCCCUCUCAAACUCCGCACCGAGCCUCCUGGUACCAUCAUUCACGACGCCGUGAGCGACGAGGAGCUUUUGAGAAGGAGUGAAAAGGGCAACAAGGAGGAUAGACAGUGGAUUGGACACGACGCGAGAGGAAUCAAGCUCGAGGGGUGGGUGCACGAUGGGGUGUAUCGGUUCUGGGUAGACGGAAUGAGAAGAUGGAUCGGAAAAGGGAUCAAGAGGAGAGUGGUUGAAAACAUCCAUCCUAUGCUCGUCAUUACCAUGGUCAACAACUUUUCCAGUCUUCACUACCAGCUCACCGGAUCCGUCCCUCUCGUCCCGUUCACCAAAGGUCGCGACGUCCUCAUCUUUCAGUCUCUUCCCUCGUCUGGUGUUUCCGCGAGAGACUCGUAUAUACCGAGGGUGCUGUCCGACGGGACCGACUUGGCGCCUGGGGCGGGUGUGGGAGAUAGUUACCGCGAAAGUGUGGAGCUCUUACCUCCGAUAGCUCUGGCGAGACAGCCCCAAUCCCAACCUCAGCCCCCACGCCAGCCCGAGCCCAAACCGCACCGGGCGCGUCUGGCGUCAUUCACAGGUCGCCGGCGUACUGCCAGCCAAGAAUCGUCCAACUCUCGCAAAGGCAACGUGCUUGUCAAGAAAAGCUCGAUCAAAAGGAAGAGUAUGCCGAUAUUGCCUUCAAACACGAGCCUCCUGAAUCUAGGACAGAUGUAUGGCCAUGGUCAUCAUAGGCGCCAGUCGGAUACUGGUUUGGCCGCUCAGUCAAACCACACUGGUAGAGAUUCUUCCGAAGGUACCGCUGUGCCUCCUGGACAUUCUCGAAACGCAUCCCAUCUCGUCGUCACCAAUGCCACUCGCAACGACAGAGACAACUGGUCGGUCGCCGAUAGACCCAUGUCGGCCGACAGUGGUAUUGCCUCCUCGGGGUACGGCCGUGCUCCACCUGCUCAGCUCUCUCGAAGCCGCCUUUCCCCUCCUGCAAGGUCACCUUCCCCUGUGCGAGCUGCUUCACCUCCCAACCGGUCGGCAAGACCAUUUCAAGCAAAGAUCUCUCCCGCUCCCCGCGCAGCUCCUCGUGUUCGAGCACCAGGCCAAGGUCAUACCCCUAAACCGUCCUAUGAAAGUGGGCAGUCGGUUUACGUCGAUGCUCCCACAGAUCUGCCAGGUGCUGGGGGGGCCUCCACACGGAGGACUCGGGACUUUCACCCGAGCUUGGACGACGUGAGGAUCCCGGGUGCUGAUCUAUACGCGCCCUCACCCGACGAUGGCGCAAGCUCUUUCGUCACUCAGCCUCUUGCCCUCGGUCAGCCGAUCCCUUCGCCUCCGGAUGAAAAGUCCUAUCCAAACGUUCCUGCUCCUCAAGUGGCUAAUCUCUCUGAUCGACUGCCUGUUCGAGAAACUGGGUCUCCUCGCCGGACGGGUGCUGCCCUGGUCAAUGUCAAUGUCGGCCGUGUCGAAUCUCAGCGAGGGAGUUUGGGCAACACUUCUACCAUGGUCUCUUCCGUGCCCCCUCAGCAGCAUCAGCUUGUGAAUGAGCAUGGCUAUGGAGGCUCGGCGCAGUUUGCCUCUUCUCAUAACGCCGCGGGUCAGCAAGGCAGAGGGGUAAGAGAAAACACGAAACGAAAGGUUUGGGACGAGUCGCGGGGGAUAUGGGUCGACACUGUGAAGGGGUCUGAGAAUAGAGGGAGCAGGGGAUCACAUGGGUCGAAUGAGGGUGUUGGCAGUGCCAGAACUAGGGUGAAUGUGAGGUGA